UGUAAGAAGAAUAAGGAUUGUAUCUUCGUUGGACAUGGAAAUAGAUAAUAAUUCUACCAAUGCAGAGUUGUCUAAUCAGAAGAAUGGAGAUAUAUUGGAAAAGAUUGCUAUAUUGAAGAUAUAUGUUUCUAUGCUGGAAACCACGAUUAAAGCUUUGAAAUUCGGACGAUCGCAAUUAGCAAAUAUACAAUCAAAACUGUCGAGUAACGGAGCCAUGAUGUCAGAUGUGCAAUCGCGCCGGAAUUGGAGCACGGAAUUGUGCCGCGAUAUUUCCCAGUUCACGGGAAUGCCGUGUAUAAAAAUCGAGCAGAAUUCGAAAUUUGUCUUUGAAAUGUCUAACUCCAAGGAUAUUGCAAAAAAAGGUCUGUACGCGAUAGAGAUAUUGAUAGACGACGAUGGCCACGGAAAAUUAGGAAAAUGUGUACUGCCUAACUUUAUCGAUGUACGUAACAUGUUAUCGCAAUAUCGUAUUGACAAUUUGAAUAAUGUAAAGCACUUUUUGAAGAGCUGUAAGCACCAUAUCGAUUGCUACUUUUCCCGUCUAAAACAGGCCGACGAAGUGAAGAAAUUAUUUUUAGAAGCUGAACAUGCUUAUAUAUGUUACAAUUCUGAUGUUAGUUUAAUCGAGUUAACAAUGUUGGGAAUAAGAGAUAUAAACAUCACAAAAUUGUAUGACAUUAUACUUUAUUUGCACUAUAAUCUUGAUGAAACGAGGCCUUACAAAUUGUCCACGACUGUAGAUGAAAGCGAAAUAGCGUCGCCGACUUUAAUUAGAAGAUUUAAUAAGUAUUUCGAACCUUUCCUGAAGAUGGAUUUGACUUCGGCGUUGCUGCAGCUUAGUGAAUUCCAAAACGAAUUUGCAUGGGACAUAUUUGUGGAGCAGGAUGACGAAGAUGACAUAGAAAUCUACGAUGAUGAUUCGGUUAACGAGAAUACGGGAAUUAUGAUACAAUAUCUUUAUCGAGGCGAUAAUUUGACGAGGAGUAAUGGAAAUGAGGCUCAAAACGAUAGCAUGGAAAAUGGAAAUGAGGAGCUAGCUUCGGAUGAAAAGGAAAUGGAAACAUAA